GUUAUGAGUAAUUUUGAAAGUCCUUCUACGGUACAAUCCUUAUCAUUAUUCUAGAAUUCUAAAUAUAGUAGACAUAAAGGAUAUUUAAAGUGGGAGUUAGCUAAUAAAGAUGUUAAUGGAGCAUUUGAUGCUUAAUAAUUAUAAACUGAAAAAGGAUUAUUAACACGAGAUAGAUAACCUAAUUCUUUAAUGAUUCCAUCAAUAAAAUCGGCUUAAUCCUCAUAAAUAAGUCCUGAACCUUCAACAGUAAAAGAACAUUUAUGUUGUGAUAAAUUAGAUGAAUUAAGCAAGUAAUAUGUAAGAAAAUCUUAUAAGUUUAGCAAUUAAUUAUCAAUGAACAAAUGAAUAAACUAAGUGAAUUAAAUCUAUUGAUAUAACAACAUUCUAAAUUAUUAAUUGAUUCAUAUAAUUAAGGAUUAGAAGAUGCUAAGACAUAAUAAUUAAAAGAAUAAUAAAUUCUUGAAAAUAAUCGAUUACUUAGAGAAAGAGAUAAAUAGAUUUAAGAUUGGGAAGAAAAAUUUAAUAAGGAGAAAAAAAAUGGAGAUGAAAAAGAGGAAGAAAUAAGGUAUUUAUUAUAGAUUUAUUUAUUAGCGAACUUGAAAAAUAAUUGAAAGGAUUAUCAUCAUAGGUUGUUGUUACAACUAGUACAACAAAUUUAGAAGAUGAAAAAAAUUAAUGGAAAAAUAAAUUUAUUACAUUGAAUAAACAAUUCAAUGAAGCUGAAUAAUAAGUGGUUGUUCUUGAAAAUGAAAUAGAUAUGCUCAAAUAACAAUAGAAAAAGAGUGAAGUUAGAGUAAUAUUAUUAAUUAAUUAAUUUAGACUACCACUAGGAGAAAAACAAUAGCAAAAGAAGUUCCUCAACAAUGAUAAUUUCAUAAUAUCCUAUUAUAUUACAUUUUAAUUAUAAGGACA